AUGGCAGAUGCUUUCGAGCAGGGGUCUCCUGCGUUCUUCGCAAUUGUGUUCAGCCGCUUUGCUGUUCACACUGAGGCCCAGGUGUUGCACCCAGCGGCCAUGUUGGAUAUUCGGGCACAGCUUCGGUACUUGGUUUCCGAGGGUCGGAACGAGGACGCUGCCAGGCUGUGGGCAUCAGGUUUUGAAAUCCAGCAUUACCCUCCCCCCCCUCCGCUGCUUGAGGGGUUGCCUCCAGGUCUGCCACCUAUCCGCACGAUCCCGUGUGUCGCCACGGACUGUGCCCGGUGCGCCCAGAGCCGGGGAGGGUUCCAGCUGCCGUUUGUGGGUACAUUGACACGUGCAGCAGCAAUUGUUCGUCCAGGGAGUGACCCGGCUCAAGCGUGGAGUGAUUACCAUGCAUGUCGCUCCUAUCUGUCGGCUGGCGACGUCACGGCCCUUCAUUCUGGGCUUUGGCCAACAGAUUUGCUGCCGAACCACCUCUACGCACUUUUUCGGCGGGUGGCGGAUCAGUCCCACCCCCGCGCGGCUUCUUCGGGGGAGCUGGUGUUCCUUCUGAUGCCAGAGACAGGGCCCACAGGACGUUGUGGCUAUGGCUUGGGGCCGUUUCCUAUGGACCGGGCCUUUUACCCGCGGCCUGUCGCAGCUGCGGCGCCCCGACAGCAUUCCGCUGCAGACGCUGCGAUUCAGCAGCUUGUGGGGACUGCCUGGGACGCUGCCUGGGGUGCGCGUGAGGACGGAGAGCCUCGGAAGGGGCGCUCCCUUUCUUCGUUCUGGCAGGAGCCAGUGGUUGCGGAGUCGACCGCAGGCAGGUUUCUAUAUUGGGGUGGCGACCCCCAAAGCCCUAGGGAAGGGGCUGCAGUCAGGAGGGGACCUGGCCUUUUGUCCGGCGGUGGCGACCCGCCCGGUCUUGAGUCCUUCUCCUGCUCUGCCUCUGCUGUUGCCCGGCCUUCGCGAUCAGCUUCCACGGCGGCUUCUCGGCUCAGGCCUUUGCUAGCAGCUGCGAUGGCCGGUGUGUAUGCCCAGGGUACCCCGGUAGAGGUCCGAGUGGAGGCUUGGCGCCGCGCCUUUGGCCUGGCCGAUGACGAGGAGCAAGCUGGAGCAGAAAUCGCAGCCAAAUGGCGCGAAGUCCGCGAGCGAGUGGACGAGGGCAAGGCUCUGGCUUUCGCACAUGAGGCAGCCCAAGCUGGAGUGGCGGCGGCCAAACCCUCCACUAAGCCUCGCCCGCCUUUGCCGCGGCGGCGGACAGCCGUGCCCAAGGCACCGCUGCAAGCCCGUACGCCUGUGGAGCGCGCUGCCUUGGAGACACCAUUGGUCGAGGAACUCGCCGACCUUUGGGUAGAUGCCAAGGUUCAGCGCCCGAGCGGUGAGCUCAACGCGGGGCGCCAAGCUGAGUGGGAGAACUUUGUGAGGCGCCGUGCUGCCAAAGUGUGCAGCGAAGCGGAAGUGGCCACGAUCAAGAAGGCCGUGGUCUCCCUCCGCGAGCUUCAGCAUUUCCAGGUUGCCCGGGGCAGAGACGGGCUUGAAGAGGUGGACACCCUGGACCUGGACGCCUUCAUCUUCAACUCGGCCGCUCCUCAUCGUGCCGUGGCGGGCUUGCGGUGGGCUGCCAAGCAAGCGGAGCUCACCUGGAAGAUUCCGGAUGCACCCCGGACUGAGCAGCGCCGGAAGCCCAGGGACGAGCGGCAGGCCACCUUGGCCGAACCGCCGAUGCUGGUCCACCUGGAGAAGGUUAUUGAGGAACGGUGCAUUAUGGGCGACCCUCGGUGGACUGCGAUGCUGGGGCAAUGGAUGCAGGCCUCCAGCUGCAUGCGGUAUGCCCACCUUCGCAGGAGCGAGGUCCUGCGCAUCACGGGGUCGACCGUGCAUGCUUUCUGCAACAAGGGCAAGCAGCGCCGCCUGCGGCAGGGUUUUUACUUUGCCAUUCCGGCCGCCUUUGCUUCUGGAUGGAACUGGACCGAGCCCUGGAAAGAAGCCUUCGAGGCCCUGCCCAAAGGCCGGCGGAGCCAGUGCGGGCUAUGCUUCGAUGCUCGGGGCUUCUCGUGGUCCCUCAGGGAGUCUACCCUGGCCGUGCAGGCGGCUUUCACGGACGUGGUGGCCAAUCCGGAGGAGCUGACCUCCUAUAGCUGGCGCCGGUUGGGUCCUUCUGUGGCUAUGCUGGCGCAGCUUUCGCCGGGCGAGUCGAACGCCCUUGGGGACUGGCAAGAUCGAGUUUCUGACCAGAGGAGUGCCAUGCCCGUCCACUACAGUGGGUUGCGCUACAAGGAGAGCGUCCGGGUCAAGCACUUGGUGUGGGCCUAUAUGGGGGAGUUGCGCCCCUAUCCGACGUGGGAUGCGGUGACCCCGCAGGACGUCGCGGAGCAUAGGACUUUGGCCCAGUCCCUCUGCGAAUCACAGGUCAGGGCUGACAAGGAGCUCCUGUGGCAGGGACCCGCCUUCGCCGCGCACAAGCCCAAGAAGUUUACCAUGAGGUUGGCUGCCCCUCUUGCACGCAGGUCUUUGGCCGGCCCGGUGCUACCUCUUGCGAAGCUGCGGUCGAGGCGCAGGGCGGAGCCUAAAGCAGUGGCGAGCAGCUCGGCCCGGCCCAGCUCGGCUGCUGCGGAGGUGCCCGCACCUGGUUCCCCCAUGCCGCCCUACAUUGGCCGCCACAAGACGUCGCAGAACUUCAAGGACGGCGGCCGGCUGUGCACCGGCUUCAAUUUGGGUAACUGUCGGCGUGGAUCCGACUGCCCUUUCCUCCACAGGUGCGCUGCCACCAAGCUCUCUACAGACAGAAGCCAGCGCCUGCUUCCCGACGGCGUCCGGCCGACGCACCGGCCGAAGGUGAUGGCCGGCGAGACUCCGGGCAGGAGCAGGUGUCCCCAAGAGGCUGAGAACCAGGCGGUCUUCGACAAUUUGGCGGGCAGGCGCCCAGUCCAGCGCCCCACCUGUAUUUGGGAAUCGCCGGCAGGAGGGCGUCUUUUCCUUUCCGGCUUGCCGCUGCGGGAAACCAGUGGCCAAUUCCCGACGAUCCAUUUGCAGAUUACUUGUAUGGAUCGUACCCCGGAACAACGGGGAGGCAUAGCCCUGUGCAGCCGGAACCUGCUGUUCAACGUCUCGGCCAGGCAGUCCAGGGAGGAAGAGUGGCUCCGCAUCUUCAGUGCAGUCGCACGCACGCUUUUGGCGGGCCACAAUGUAUUACUCCACUGUAUGGCGGGCCGGCACAGAGCUGCGACUACCGGCGUCGCAUGCCGGGCGGUGUUGGCAGGCGAGACCCAGGAGGAGGCGAACCAGGCGAUCCUGAGGGUGAGACAGAUCGAGGUGGAUCGAGCUAUCCAGCAAGACCGCAGCCUGGGUUCGUGGUUGGCCGGGGCCGUGCGUAACACACGUGUCCCCCCAACACCCGUGCAGCCACGCGGAUAUAUCGCCACUGCGAGCUCGCACCUCCAUCUCGAGUCCCCGGAGGAAGGCGCCAUCGGAUGGGAGCGACCCAUCUGUGAGGGUACCGCAACCUCGGAGCUGACCGAGGGGAUCGCGGAGGACAUUAAGGCGAGCAUGGAUAGCCUGCAGAUGAAUUUCGGUUUGGACGCCAAGGUGGUCGCAGAAGUGCUCGGCACUGGGAUUCGCCACCUCGAGGAGUUUCGCUUCUUAUUCGAGAACGAGGCGGCCAUAGGUACCUGGGUGGGGAAGUUGGGCCUAGGGGACGCCACUAUGUUGCAGACCGCCCGCCUUCGUAGGGCGUGGAAGGCAACAUGCACAUACUACACCCAGGCGGAGCAAGACCGCUCUAAGGUUGCCUUGGCCGACCUCGACUCGAUUUUGGCAGACUCCGAACUUCGCACGUUGAAGGAAGCCUUUUGGAUUCGCUACAAGUUGCGCUUUCCUGCCGAAGUGCAACCCUCCGACGCAACAGUCUCCCGCAUCUCUCGGGAACUCUCCAAAAGGAUGCUUUGUAUAUAUGACGUAUGGCGAGUGCGAUCCCUACAAUUCCAAUUAGGCACCUCACAAAAGCGGCGCAAGCUGGCUGACGGCCUCUAUACCGAUGAGCCUGAAGUCGACGAGGUCGUCGCUCGGGAUGUGGACACAUACCUUCACAAGCUCCACACGCUUAUGAUCGCAUACGCGCUCAACGGGGUGCAGGUGAUCGCGGGAGUUGACCCGGCGGGAGAGAAAGCGCUGGGCGCCAACUCUUGCCAGUUCGUCGAGGUGCCUUUGGAUUGUGUGCUGGCAUACUACUACCGGGCCCGUAAGGCCGCAAUGCAAGUUGCUCCCGCGCAGCGGCUGGGUUGGCUUCAGCAUCGGGACGCCGAGGAGCGAGCGGAGUGGGUCUCGCGGUUCCGGGAGGGGACCCGGACACUCGGAGCAGUUAUUAAAGAGGUCAUGGAAGCACGUGACGCCCACUGGUUGGCGCCAGCGCUGCCGGAGGCAGGGCCAGUUGCGCCGAAGCCCCAGCCAGUGAUCACUGAGCCAACCAAGUCUUCCUUGUUCGUCUCGGGCCCCAUGAUAGGAGGUAAGCCCACAGCCCGUGUCAUGAAAGAUGGCACCAAGCUUUGCGGUGACUACCAGAAAGGGUCCUGCAAGCAUGCACCCCCGUGCCCGAAUGGGGCCCAUCGCUGCGCCGUGGUUCUCCGGGCCGAGCGCGUCUGUGGUGCGCCCAACCAUGGGGCGGCGAAGUGCAAGGCCAAGGCGAAAGCGAGGAGUUCGUGA